ACCAGCAUCAUUCAACACCACGAAGCCUCCAGAACUCAUCUAUCAACAUGAUCGCUUUCAGAACAGCCGCCAUCCUUCUCUUCCUGACAUACUCCAGCGCCAGACCCUCCGACGAAUGGGAGCCAGAAGGUCACUCACAUACGGAACACACGAAGCCUUACCACGUGACGGUUGUCAAGAAAAUCGGAGUGCCCGUCCCUCAUCCUAUCGCCGUGUCUGUUCCACAGUACGUAAAGGUGCCGAUUCCGCAGCCCUACCCCGUCCACGUGACUGUGGAACAACCGAUACAUGUACCUGUCUACAAGGUCGUCCCACAGAUAGUAGAAAAGCCGGUGCCCUACACGGUAGAGAAACCCGUUCCCUAUGAAGUCGAGAAGCCCUACCCCGUCGAGGUCGAGAAGAAAGUUGAAGUGCCAAUCCCUAAGCCCUACCCGGUCCACGUUCCCGUAUACAAACACAUCUACCACCACAAGGGCGGCCACAAGCACUAAGCCAAAACCGUCCUCGGUUUAAUCCGGACAUGACUAGUCCGGACGAGUUUAAACUGGUACAAACCAGUUCUAUCCGUCUUAUUGUAAAUAUAGAUGUUGUUUUGUAUUUCUUUUUAUAAUUGUGAUAUUUAUUGCGUGCACUAUAAUGUUCUGCCUGUUGUCGUUGUUGAUUAUUGUGUAGUUGUUGUUUAAUAUACAUGUUAUUAUAAA